GCACAGAACAGCGAACCUCCAUCCAAACACCUUAUACCCUUUGACGAAUACCGAGCAGGCUCAUCGUUCGUCAAUUACUUCCUCUUUUCACGACUUCUACGGCGCUACACUGCGUUUUCCAACGAUACCAAUACCCGCACCACGAAGAACGAUUGAGAUGACUGCAUCACCCUCAACCCCACCCUCUCGAUUCCUCCGCAGCACAGGCGCUCAUUCACCUCCUCCAACACCUCUCCACGGAGCACGGUAUGAUCCGGACACACACAUCACUCGCCGGCCUACACCUCGGCCUACCUGCUCUGGCACUGCGUCAAGAAGAGGAGCACAGGCACAGAUAAAGGAGAUGGAGCAGCAAGUACGACCAGUACCCCAAGGCCUCGCAACACCAAUGAAAACACCCGCAAGAAAGCGCAUGAAUGCGCUGGAUACUGUGGGUGGUCGUACGAGCCGAGUUCUCUUUCCCGUCCCAGAGGCACCUGUGGGUGAUAUCGAUAUCUUCACCGACUCCCGAGAUCGUGUACCAACCCUCGACAGCGAUCCCUCAAAUCCAUUCAAUGCAUCACCGAUGCCCUCGUCGCCCUCAGCAAAUACCCGGUCAAAGUCAAGAAGACCGGUGCCAGGUGCGCCGAGCGAGGAUGGCAUGGUCUACGUCUUCCGCGGCAAAAAAGUCGUCCGUAAGGCACCAACGACACCCUCUUUCGCCGACGAUCUCGAACCCACCCGACUCUUCGCUCCACCUCCGGCCGCAGAAAGGCCGAUCUCGAGUGGAAGCGCAAUGGACCUCGACGAGCCCGAUCUCGUCCCAGCCACGCCUGCACGAAGAGUCGAGAAGAAGAGAAAAGUGGAAUUCGAGCCCAUUACGCCCAUUACGGGACAUAGGUCGCGUGUUAUGCAGGGUGAGGUGGAGGGUGAGGGUGUGAGGAAGAGGUUGAGGUUUGCUUAAGCUUCAUGACGCUCGCUUGGGACUUUCUUUCUCUUCGUUGGGGGGGUUGCUGGCG